AUGUUCCAUAAAGUUGCAAAAACAGGAAUAUACCAAGAUUGGGCUAAAGGCGCUGCUGAUCUUCAGCCCAAGUAUGACUAUAUUAGCUUUGCGGAUGUAUCAAAACCUCCAAUAGCUGAAGCCAUUGCUCGCUUCAAUAAACGAAACAAUAAUAUUUCACACUUUUUUAAAGAAUAUAGUGAUUACUGGGAAGAAAGAAAUGACGAGGAAAGAGAAGAGUCAGGUCAAAGAAUUGAAAAGCGGAUAUAUAGUACUUUAGAAGAUAUAGCUGAAAGUACACUUACUUCAAUCGCAAACUCUUCUAAACGUAUACAUUUGUGCAACAGAGAUGAAAGCAGCAGCAGCAACAACAACAGCAUCAUUAUUUUAAAUGAUAUAAAUUCAACUUACAAAGAAAUCACUGGCUUACAGGUGCUAUAUCUUGAUGAUGAUGGCGUUCAGUCUAUGAUGAAUGAAGAACUGCUGGAAACAUUGAAACGACAAACUUCAAUCCCUAUUCAACCACUCUCACAUCCAGCUACUUUGAUUUCACAUGAAUUGAAAGAAUCAGCUGCUAAGUUUGAUCAAUUUCGAAAAAUCAUCAAAAAUUUUAAAAUUUCAGAGAGCGAUAUAUUGAUUCAUGCGGAUCUAAAUUACAUUGAGACUAUGGGAAAUCACUUCCUAAACCUUUGCAAAAGCCCUUUAAACCCUCUCUUAGUACCUACUCUGGAAAGAACCGCUGCAACCAAAAUGACUGUCAUCCUGCUUGACAAUUUGUUCUUGUCGGUAAACGAUAAAAUUCAUUUCUGCUGGUUUGAGGUCGAAACGUUAUUAACAAAAAAUACAAAGUGGGACGGGGCUGGUUUUCUUGCCAACUCCGAUAAACGAAUUGGUUAUUGUUUGGUGGAAUUUUCAGGUGGAAUAAAGAAGAACUGCACAAAAAAUAAGGCUGGUCGUGAUGAAGAGAAAAUAGAAGCAGGUGUUGUGAAGUUUAUGGAGAUCACCGACGCCGAUAAGGGCCAUUUUAUUGGAUUUCAUGAAGAACCCAUGCCGUCAUUAAGUUUCCAACAACACCCUCUCAGAUAA